AUGCAUAGCAGAAGGUCUUUCUCUGGUAUAAGAAAUAGAGAGGACGCUCAUCUGAAAAGCUUGCUAUGGUCAAUGGAAUGUAUGUGUGCGCAUCGGCUUGAUAAAGUUAUCUUUGCCUCGGAUGCGAUAUGUAUGGUAAUGGUAAUCAAUGAUCCUUCGGGUUGGCCUAAUUUUUGGUACCAUGUCUCCGAAAUGAAUCGUGUUUUGAUCAUGUUUGAUGAUUGGAGUAUGGUUUUUGAAAGUCGAACUGCAAACAGAGGAGAUUUCUUAAUAGCUCAGAGUGUGACACUUCAGAAUUUUUGGCAAUCCUACAUUCCGCAAGGCUACCCCUCUUGGUUGGCUGAGUUAUUUUUCCGUGAGAAAGGUUAA